AAAUCGAAUGGACCAAAUGAUCCCAUAUGCAAACAUUCAUUUACCAGGUGGUGUCAACUGCAUCAGGACCAAGCAUCAGCACUGUGCCAGUCUAUUCUGGGACUGUAAUCUUGAAACCUCAAGAGCCAAAAACCACAAAGAACAAAGCAGUCUGGUAUCACCCUGACACUAACAAUAAAUCCAUCUCCUGCAUACCCAAUCUCUGUGACAAGGAAGUCCAAACAGAUAUGACAUCUACCCUGGUACCUGUCCCCGUUCCUCUGUUUGUGCCAGUGCCACUGGCCAUGUAUCAGCUGCCUCUUCCACAACCCGUUCCACUGCCUCUUCCUAUCCCUGUCCCAGUCUUCAUCCCUACUACGCGCAAGUCUGCCGAAGGCAUCUUCCAGGAAAUUCAGAAAAUUCGGGAGAAGAUCCCAAAUGACCCAUAUGAGGCAGAGUUGCUCAUGCUAGCUGAGGCAGUGGCCAGUCCCAAGGGUGUGGAUGUGGAGAGCAGUCCCAGUGAGGAUGAAGGUGAUCCUAAGAAGGAUUCACCUGAUGACAAGGAGUCUUCUUCCUCCAACAGCCAGCCUUCCUCUUCCCUUUCUGCAUCCUCUUCCCCUAUGCUGAAAAAGUCACGGCCAGAGUUGCGGAAGAAUGUGGCAAAUCAUGUCCCAGUAAAGAAUUCAUCAGACAAUGGCCUUCAUUGUGCAGAUGAGGACUUAGCAGAUUUGGAAGAGGAGAUCAAGCCAUAUACUGUGGUCCAAAAGCUUAAAAAUGAAUCCACAGGUUCAUAUUCCACUAGUAAGAUACCAGGAAAACGAAAGAGGCGGCGGCUUCGACGGGGAAGCCUCUUCACCCGAUCCAAGCGAUCGCGGGUCAGUCUUGAUGACAGUGGAGAAUCCAGUCGUGGUUCUGGAGAUGUGUCAGAUACUGACUCCAGGCCCUCCCUGAAGUACACCUAUGGAGUGCGGGCUUGGAAGCAGUGGGUGACAAAGAAAAAUGCUGAGCUGGAAAAUGCAUCCACAGGCAGGCGCAAGCUUAAGCUCUUCAAGACAGAUCUUCUCCGGCUUGCUGCUGAUGAACUCAACUAUGCCCUCUGCCUUUUUGUGAAGGAAGUUAAACGGCCAAAUGGAGAGGAAUAUUCACCUGAUUCAAUCUUAUAUCUCUGCUUGGGGAUUCAGGUUUAUCUGAACAAGAAUGGACGCAUUGACAACAUCUUCACAGAUGCCUUCUAUGAGAAGUUCACUGAAUGCCUGGAUGAGGUCCUGAAGAGGUUUGAUUCUCCUGCACUGCUUGAUCAACUUGGUGCUGUGGGCACACGUGUGGAGGAGGAACAUUUGUGGGAAAGCAGCCAGCUGGGAGCCCAUUCUCCUCAAGUUCUCCUCUAUACAGUCAUGUACUACAACACCAAGCAUUUCCUUCUCUGUACUGUGAGUGAACACAUGCGUCUUGCAUUCCCUCACAUCAUGAAGAACUGGAUCAAGUCCAACAGUGAGCCAAAAGGUUCUGUUGCCUCAAAGUUCACCCUACGCUAUUACCCUCCUCCAGCUGUCAAGGCUGACAUGGGUGAGAAGGGCAAGAAGUUGCUGGAGCAGCGAGAAAACCUUGAGAAUCCUUUACGGUGCCCAGUCAAGCUUCAUGAAUUUUAUCUCUCCAGAUGUCCGGAAUCGAUACGAAACAAGAACGAAUUGUUUUACCUAUACCCGGAACGGUCAUGUGUCCCAGACAGCCCUGUUUGGUACUCCAGGAGGCCAUUGUCAGAAGAUGCCAUUGCCAAGAUGCUCCAUUGCAUUCUUCUUGUUCGGGAAAUCCAAGAAGUCCUUCUCAAGCGGGACUGACUUACACCCACAGUAUAUCAUGAAUGAUGUUUCCUUCUUUCUUUCUUCAGUGACUUCCUUGUUCACUCUUCAUGUAUUGUUGAGUAAGAGAGGGCAUCUGCCUCUGUCAUGCCAUUGGGAGAAUAUAAAUCUCUCUGCUGUUUUUUAUGGUAUGACAGACUUCUCAUUUUUCACCUAUGC